ACUUGCACCACCACGAUAUCCCGCCUUGAAUGCUUGAACACCAUCUGGAGCAGUUGGAUGCACCGUGAUUAAGUGCUAGAAUACAACAACUGGAGCUGUACAGUCACUCACUCGAAGGGUGUUAAUAUCAUUCUCGACCUAAUUAGCUACCUUAUCCGCCCCUCAUAAAGCCUCUUUGACCAUCGUAUACCCGGUCUCUGCAAUCUUUCAAAGCUCCACGCAUGGCUUCAGUAGCGAAAGACAUCGAGAUGGCAGAUGCCCCACCCGAGUCCUCGAAGAAGGCUAUCGGCAAGACCAAGGAGGAUGGCAAGAAGCGAUUCGAAGUUCGGAAGUGGAAUGCCGUAGCACUGUGGGCAUGGGACAUCGUCGUCGAUAACUGCGCCAUUUGCCGAAACCACAUUAUGGACCUCUGUAUCGAAUGUCAAGCCAACCAAGCCAGCGCUACCAGCGAAGAAUGCACCGUUGCGUGGGGUAUCUGCAAUCACGCCUUCCACUUCCACUGCAUCUCUCGAUGGCUGAAGACUCGACAAGUCUGUCCGCUCGACAACCGGGAUUGGGAGUUUCAGAAAUACGGCAGAUGAGGACACCCGAGGCUGGAUCAUUUGCACGGUGGGCGGUUUGGCGCGAUCUCCCGCACUGCGAAAAGCGGGAUGGCACGCUCACGACACGAACUCAUGGGACACGGCGUUGGUGUUAUCGGUGCGUUGAGCACUAGUUAUUCCUCAUGGCGAAC